AUGAAAAAGAGAUAUGAAGAAAAGCAUAAUACUGACAUGGCAAUUGCAAGAGAAAAACUUAUCAACAAUGAAAAGACCCAAUUCAUUGCAAAUUUGAGUCACGAAGCAAGAAAUUCAUUGCAAGGAAUAAUGGCCACUGUGGAAGUGUUGAAACACAAAUUUCAUGAUGGAGUUUGCAUGAAAAGUUGUGAACAUUGUUUCAAAAAAGAUAGUGCCAUCUCUGAAUUGAUUGGAGACAUUCAAUCCAGUGCAUCUCUUUUGUUACACAUUUUAUCAUCAUCAUUGCAAAUGAGUUCGCUUGAAAUGGGAAAGAUCAAAUUGAAGAAUGAAGAAUUCAACAUUCUUUCAUUGUUUGAAUCCAUGACAGGAGUAUUCUCAUUGGAAGCUCAAGGAAAGAACCUUUCUCUGGAUUCAUUUUUCGAUGCUUCAAAAGUUCCAUUGAAUUUGAAGGGAGAUUCCGUUCGAGUGAGUCAAAUAUUGAUGAAUAUCAUUUCAAAUGCCAUCAAAUACACAUCUCAAGGUUUUGUGAGAGUGAAUUGUACAUGUGUUGAUGAAAAAGAACUCUCAGAAUUGUACAAUGAAAUUGAAGAAGAUAAGAGUUAUGUGAAAUUUGAAUGUAUUGACAGUGGAUGUGGAAUUGCGCAAGAUCAAAUUGGAAAAUUAUUUCAACCUUAUCACACUAUUGAUCCAAACAUGGAUGUCACGCAUAGAUUCGAUUUUUAUUUCAAGACUGCAUCUAACAUUAGUAGUGAUAAUAAUGCAGGAAGUAGUUUGAUUAACACCAAUAGAAAUGGAUUGGGAUUGAAUAUUACGAAAUUACUUGUGGAGAAAAUGAAUGGAAAAAUAAUUGUUGAGAGUGUCAAAGGAAAAGGUACAACCAUCUCUGUUGUGAUUCCUCUUGAGAUAGCUUCAAACCAUGUGCGCUCUGAAGAUAGAAGUGAAGGACUAACACACAAAAACGUAUCUCAAAUAUUGGAAAAGCCUGUUCAAGAAGGAAAGAAGGUAAUGGUGUACAUCAUUGAUGAACACAAGAGCUUUAGAGACUGUUUAAAAGCAUAUUUAGAAAUAUUUAAGAGAGUACGUUCUGUUAAGGAAUUUGAAUCAGUAGACAAAUUUCUUGAACUUUUCUCUGAAACAACGAAAAACUUUAAAGACGAGAUGUAUAUCGUUUUCUGCCAUGAAACCGAGUAUGAGAAAAUUUCCACUGCUCUUGAUGGAGAACAUGUUAACAUUAUUCUUACAGUUUUACGAGGUUCAAGCAGGUUAUUUCCAAUGAUGAACUAUCUCUCUAAGCCCAUCCUUUUUGGAGAUUUAGUAGCGAUUUUUGAUGACCAAGAAAUGGUAAAGCAGCAAAACAACAUCAUCCUGGAAAAGAGGAGAAGCUCGUUAGGAGAGCUUGCCAACAAAUCAGUACUCUUGGCAGAUGAUAAUGCAGUGAAUCGAAAAAUAUUGGUGAACAUGUUGAAAAUUAUUGGAUUCAAAGAUAUUGACACUGCAAAUGAUGGAUUGGAUUGUUUCAACAAAUUCAAAAAGAAGGAAUAUUCUUUGGUUUUAUUGGAUUGUUUCAUGCCUGUCAUGACAGGAAGAGAAUCAUGUGAAAUGAUUCGAAAUUUUGACAAACAACGAGAGAAUGGUGAAAAACGAGUUCCAAUUUUCGCCAUCACUGCCAACACAUGGGAAACGAAAGAACAACUUUUAUCUCAAGGUUUUGAUGAUGUUUUAUACAAACCCAUCUCAGUACACGAUUUGAGACAACGGAUCCAUGAGGCUGUCACUUAA